AUGGCUCCCAAGAUUGCCAUCGUCUACUACUCCAUGUACGGCCACAUCCGCCAAUUGGCCGAGGCCGAGAAGAAGGGCAUCGAGAAGGCCGGCGGCACCGCCGACCUCUUCCAAGUCGCAGAGACCCUCCCCGAAGAAGUCCUCACCAAAAUGGGCGCCCCCCCAAAAGCAACAGACGUCCCCGUCCUAGACGACCCCGCCACCCUCGAAUCCUACGACGCCUUCCUCCUCGGCAUCCCAACCCGCUACGGUAACUUCCCCGCCCAGUGGAAGGCCUUCUGGGACAAGUCCGGAAAGCAGUGGUCCACGGGCGGCUACUGGGGCAAGCUCGCCGGCCUCUUCAUCUCCACCGCUUCCCUCGGCGGCGGCCAAGAGUCCACCGCCAUUGCUGCCAUGUCGACCUUUGCCCACCACGGCAUCAUCUACGUCCCCUUUGGUUACGCAAAGGCCUUCCCGCUCAUGGCGGAUUUGUCCGAGGUUCACGGCGGCGGCCCUUGGGGCGCGGGUACCUUUGCAGGCGCUGAUGGGUCCCGCCAGCCUUCGGCGAGGGAGUUGGAAAUUGCUACUAUCCAGGGCGAGGCGUUUUACCACACUGUUGCCAAGCACGUCGGUUGA